AGAUGUAUAUUAAUGCAACUUUAGUUCUACAUUAAUUGAAAAAAAAUCUCCAGGUUCCAGAUUGAUGAAAAUGACAGCUUUCGUUCCACAAGUUGUUUCCAAAGGGUUUCUCUUAGGGUCAAGAAGUUUUAGUAGGCUAGAAAAUAAUUGCUCUGGCUCAAAGCUAUGCAGAUUAAUUUCUGCUUGGAAGGAAAAUAAUAAAACUAAUUCCUCAUGUACAGCUUACAAUCUGAAUGCUUUACCACAAACCUGCAAUCUUUCUAAGCAGUAUUAUUCUACUAAAACAUUAGUUGUGGGAGGAAAACUUUCCCUACAUUUUCACUCUCCUAUUCUUUCAAGAAGACAUUUGCUGCCUCCUCAAGUCAAAGAUUUCACAUCUUCUUGUGAUCUACAGAUUUCUUCAAAGCAGUCAAAAUAUUCUAGUGCAGUUGGAGGAGAAACCUUUAAUCCUGCACCUAAAUUAAAGUCAAUAAAGAAAAGAAGAGCUCUUGCAGACUCAGAGAAGGAGAUCAGCACAAAUGACAGCAAUCAUAUCACACGGAAAGCUAAAAGUCCCACUACUGCAUGUGCUGAUCUACCUUCUGGCGCACCCUCAACAACUUUGAUUGGUCAUGAUUUUCUCACUUUUGAUCCUGGACUAGCUCUUCCUCAUCUGCCGCCCAUUGGAGGCCGUCCAAAGCCAGACUAUGAAGUGGCAGCAUAUGCAACUGCAGAUGAGUACAACUUGGAAGAGCUUCUGAAGGGCUUUCAAAAGCUUGGCCUUUAUGAACGAUCUCUCCAUCACACUACCAGAAUUAGUUCAUCACCAGAAUUGAGAAAUCGAGGAGGUUUUGGUGACAGUAUUGAUUUUGAAGCAUCAGAGCAGGCAGAAGUUAAGGGGUACAGACCUUCAUCUCAUCCAGGAACAGAUGAAUUAGAUUGCAUUCCAGAUAUUGCCGAAGUGCUACAUGUGGUUGGCCAGUAUAAGAUAUCUUCAGAACCACGGGAGAUUUUCUUCUUCCGUGAUGGUUCAGUGGUGUUCUGGAACGUGGAUGAGCUUGAGAGAAGCAAUGUCCUGACGUACAUUAAACAGUUCUCCCUAGGUGAUCUAGUGAGCCCAGAAACAAUGGAAGAACAAAGUGAGAGUCUGCCCUACACGUACUCAGAGAAUAAGACGAGGCUCUCUGGUGGCCGCAUCCUGCUGAGUGAAGCCGCCCCCCACCAUCUUGAGCGCUACACUUUCUCCAACGCUCUCGCCCACUCCGUCAAACUGGGCGUCUGGGAGACAGAGCUCGAUCACUACAUUGACAGCAUUAAACCUGUUGCUGAGGAGCUUCGUAAGAGCGGCAUGAUAAUUCUUCCCAAGAAAGAAGUUUUCACACGUUUAGGGCAGCUGUACGAGCUGCGACAUUCCCUAACCCUUUCCUCAGACCUCCUGGAUCCUUCAGACUAUUACUGGGAUAGAGACGCGCUCGAGCUCUUGUAUAAACGCACGUCCAACUACCUCUCCAUUGCACGGCGCACAGAGGUGAUGAGCGACAAGUUGAACAACUGCGUGCAGCUGCUGGAACUGCUCAAGAAUUACCACGGUGAAGAACAGAGCCAUCGCCUGGAAAGAAUCAUUAUCUAUCUCAUCAUCAUCGAAGUUGUCUUUGAAAUGCUGCAUUUCAUCAUUAAAUAAAUUUCUUAGAUGUAAUUUGUGCUUUUUGCUCGAUUGAAUAAAUCAAAUUGUGUCGGAACAAAACCUCUGGCCCUUUCUGGGCUAGCCUAGUUCCGGAUAUGUCAGUUUCUUGGUGAAAAUUUUUUGAAUUGUCCUAUAAUGCGUAGGACUUUUUACGCGUAUGGGAUUAUACAAUAUUCUCUUAUUAUCUGAACAUUGUCAUGCAGUAUUUAUUUCUAAUUUUGAACAUUCGCCGCAGUAUAAUUUUUUCAGCAUUUAGUGAAUUGAAUGAAGCAUUAAAAGAUGCCACUUAAA